UUUCGUGGCUGAGUCGGCUAGAAUUGUUACAAAUAGUACAUAAUAUUUUAUUAUUACUAUUUAGUGAAAGUAAUAUUCAAUAACUCUAUAUAUUUAUGGUUUUCCCGUGUUAGUCGUGACUACAAUUAAAGAACAAUAAUGGGUGUUGCAAUAAGCAGAUACUCAGAGAUAUCAUCAAAUGAGCUGCUCGUGAGGUUCUGCUCCCAGGAAGUGAUAUGCGCAAAUGAUCCGUUUUGGAACCAGUUAUUGGCAUUCAAUAUUAAUCCACCUGCCACUGUAGAUGAGCAGUUGAUGUUUGAUUCAAGCGCAGAGACACUCCUGCAGAAAUUUUUACAGAACAACACUCAGACUGGCAAUCUUGGUUCAUUGGUGCAAGUCUUCAUAACUAGAGCCACAGAGCUGCUGGCGUCACCAAACAGUGAUAAUGUAAUGUUGGCAUGGCAAACAUACAACGCCUUAUUUGUAAUACGGGCUGUGAGUAAGUAUUUAGUUGAAAUGGUACCUGAGUAUGAACUGUGUCGACAUCUCGAUACACAGGCCGAGAGGAGAGUUGGUAAUGGACCAGUGGAGAGAGACACGGAAGUAACUACUCCCAACAGUCAAGAGACGGAGCAACCAUCACAGGAACAAAACACAGAACUGCCAAAAAUACUGGGUUCCGACAGUCGGGUCGAGGUGUUGAUUGACGCACUAAUAGGACUGAUAAUAGAUAUACCAGUCACAGACAACACAUAUUACUUACACCUGGAGUGUAUCAACACGCUACUAGUGCUAAUGUCUGUAUAUAUGUUCGCCGGCGUACACGGACAGACAAGACUUGUUGAGACGUCGCUUAUAUUCAGGACCCUCUUCCAAGGUAGAUACGGUAUGCACGCACCCUUGUUGGUGAAGACACUGUUAAUAAAUCUGUCGAGUAUGCUCCCAGCGCCGCCGAGCAUGUUCGGAACCACAGCAGCGGGUGGCAGCUUACUUAUAAAUAUUGCGUCGGGAUUACUCAGUAUGCUGCGUUUCACGUCUUCCACACAGACCAUCUUCACGCAUCCUCCUGUAGAUAGACAUGAAUUGCUGAUCCGUUUGAAACGGGAGCACCCUGUAGCGAAUCAAUCGUGUUUACUGCUGCUCGCGCUCACCUAUCACUGUAUGAAUGAAGAUAAUUUGUACAGGAACGCGUUGUUGUGCUGUGAAGAUACUGCAGAACCCGUAGCAACGACUCCACAAAGGGAUUCCAACACAAGUGUAACACAAGUAACACCGCCGCGAAUCGAUAUGACCGCUCUCCACAAGGCACUGUGUGCGACGGCCGGCUGCGAGCAUUCCACUUUACUACUCUACCUGAUGCUGCAGUCGUGUAACGGGUACAAGAGGCAUGUAGCCAGCGAUCCACAUAUUGAAAACUUGAUAGUGCCAAUUCUACAAGUAUUGUACAACACGCCGGAUAGCAACUCUCACCAUAUAUACAUGUCCCUGAUCGUACUACUCAUCCUGACAGAAGACGAUGCACUCAUCAAGAGUGUACAUCAAAUUAUGCUAAAGAACCUAGCUUGGUACACAGAGCGGUCGAUAUCAGAGAUAUCUCUAGGGGGUCUUAUAGUGCUGGUAAUAGUCCGCGCACUGCAGUACAACAUGGCGCGAGUGAGGGACAAGUAUCUGCACACCAACUGUCUUGCGGCCAUCGCCAACAUGAGCUGUGAAUUCAGAAAUCUUCAUCCGUACGUUGCUCAGCGUUUAAUAUCAUUAUUUGAAACCCUAACGAAGCGAAGAGCGAGACUCUGCACUGAAAUAGAAGGCGGUGACAUUAAUACACUAGAUUUACCACAUCAUGCAGAAGAGAAGACAGAGGAAAUUAUGGAGCACUUAAGCGUGUUGGACGAAGUACUACGCAUGCUUCUCGAGAUCAUCAAUUCCUGUCUCACACACCAGCUGGUGAAUAACUUGAACAUGGUGUACGCACUGCUACAUAAGAAACAGCUGUUCCAAAUGCACCACAGUCACCACAUAACGCAGAAUAUAGAGAUGGUAAUAGGUUAUUUCUCUACGCGCCUGCAGCGUGUGCAAGAAGGUGCCGGCGGAGACCUAGGUGUCACGGAGGUGCUGGCCUGCAUCAAGAAGGGUGCAGAGCAGUGGUCCAGUGAUAGGCUAAAGAAAUUCCCCGACCUAAAGUUCCGAUACGUGGAAGAGGAGAAGCCUGAAGAAUUCUUCACGCCCUACGUCUGGGGGCUGAUCAGUAGCUGCGGAGGAGUGUACUGGGCGAGUGAAUGUGGAGCGCGGGCAGUCGGUGACCUCCUCGCUUGCUGAUCCCAUAUAUGUGCAAUAUUUUGUUGUAUUUAACAAACUCGAUAAAUGAAUGUGACAAAGUCACAAAAAAUGACGUUGACGCAGUGGCGUAGUGGGGGUACAAAGGGCCUCAGGGGCAGCGCCGUUCAAGGCCCGUGACAAAUUCAACGGAAGUUUGUUGCUUACAAUGUAAAUAUCUAAAAAUAGACAAGGGAGACCUAGUCUUUUUUUACAAAAUGAAAUUUUAAUAUAUUUUUUUACUUGUACAUGCAAUUAAGUAGGUAACUUAAAUAAAUUAAAAACAAAACUUUUUUACCAUAUGUGUAAUAAUAAAUAUUGGGUUGUGAUUUUGGUCUGACCGGGGGUCGCUUCCGACUGGAGGCCCGUGGCAUUUUGCCGACUUCCCACUCUGUAGUUCCGCCACUGCUCGGGGAUACCAAAGGCGCUGACAAGCAAAAAUCUUAUUUAAAUAUUUUUUCUUUCUUAUUAAUAAAAUAAUAUUGAAAUUCAUUUAAAUAUAACUCCUUCAAUAAUAAGUAAUGAAAUAAAUGUAUAAAUCAAUAAAGAAAUAGGUGGGGUGUUGAAAUUCCGAUUGUGGACCAAGGGGAUAGAGGAGGUGGGGGCAGGGGGGCAAAACAACGCUACGUCACUGCGAUAACGCGACUGCAAUUAAAAAAGGGCAGUACAUCUCCGGUUAUAUGUUUCACCAAAGAUGACCGAAUGACAUUACCCUUUUUUUUUAUUGAUAUUUGGGUAAAGGGACCAUAAUUUUUGUCACAUAAAUUUCUUUUUUAUUAUCUCCCGUUGUUGUCACAUCUGGUCUGGUCACGUUUGUGAUACUCAUAUCUCUCUAUUGUGUGGCGUCACAUAUUACGCGCGGCGGUGGUCUACCGGUUUAACCUUACCUAUGAUGGUCGCGGGUUCGAUUCAUCGCAC